AUGGAUAAGAAACACAGUGCACAUAUUGCCGCCUACCUUCUAGGGCCCGGGGAGACAGGCAGUGUAGACACUAGAGGACAACUGCGUCCUCUCUGCCGCGGCAGAGUGGAAAGCGCGAGAAGGGGGCAGCCUCGCGGGGCCAGGCGGCCGCCUGCAGCAUCAACAUCCGCUCGAGCAACCCGCCGGCACGAAGUGGCUGGCGGCGGUUCAGGAGCUCUAGGCUGCCUCCCGCCUCGGCACUGGCGCGCCGGUCAACGUGCGGAUGGCCAUCGGGCUGAGCACGCGGUCGCCACUAGCCGACGUGCUCUGGCCAGCCCGAUCGCGGCAACCCCUCUAACUAGAGGCGCCGGGAAGCGAACCCGCUGCGCCCAGCUCGACUGCGGACGGAUCCCGGGCCGCUCGCUUCGCGGGCAGCGGCCGCCGUGCGGCGCGGAGGGAUACGCCUCGGCCGCGCCUCCCCUCCCCGCGCCCCGCCCCCGCCGCCCUCCCCGCCGGCUCUGCUGCCGCCGCGGCGGCCGCUGGUGCCGCCGCCGCCGCCGCCGCCUGGAUAUAGUGCGGCAAGGAGCGGCGCUGGCAGUCACUUUGCGAGGAGGAGCGCGCGGGCUGCGGGCGGCUGGGCACCCGGGAGCGGCGGCGGCUCUCGCAGUGGCGGCCGUGGCAGCGGAAGGUUCUCUCUCCAGGGCUGGACUUAAUAACUUUGGAACUGUCCACCAGUGUCACGUCCUGAACAUGAGCCUCCUCCUCUCCUUCUACCUGCUCGGGUUGCUUGUCAGUAGCGGGCAAGGACAAGUUCACAGGCAGGGUCUCUUUGUUGACUGGAAACAGAAUGAAGCAUUCUAUCUUGAAAAAGGACAACCCAAGACAGAUUAUGGGACAGCUCUUCUUCAAGUGACAAUUUCACUUAGCAAAGUAGAGCUUAGUGUGGGUGAAUCUAAAUUCUUCACAUGUACAGCAAUUGGUGAACCUGAGAGUAUAGAUUGGUAUAAUCCUCAAGGAGAGAAGAUCAUUUCAACACAGAGGGUAGUGGUGCAGAAGGAAGGUGUUAGGUCACGAUUAACCAUCUACAAUGCAAAUAUAGAAGAUGCAGGGAUAUAUCGUUGUCAAGCAACAGAUGCCAAAGGACAGACACAGGAAGCCACAGUUGUUUUGGAAAUUUACCAAAAACUCACCUUCAGAGAAGUGGUAUCUCCUCAAGAGUUCAAACAAGGAGAGAAUGCAGAAGUGGUUUGCCGCGUUAGCAGUUCACCUGCGCCUGUUGUCAGCUGGUUGUAUCAUAAUGAGGAAGUCACCGCUAUUUCCGACAAUCGGUUUGCUAUGUUAGCCAACAAUAAUCUGCAGAUUCUCAGCAUCAAUAAAAGCGAUGAAGGUAUAUACAGGUGUGAAGGAAGAGUGGAGGCUAGGGGAGAAAUUGACUUCCGUGAUAUCAUCGUCAUUGUCAAUGUGCCUCCUGCCAUCACGAUGUCUCAGAAAUCCUUUAAUGCCACAGCAGAGAGAGGAGAAGAGAUGACAUUAUCCUGCAGGGCUUCUGGCUCUCCUGAGCCCACGAUCUCCUGGUACAGGAAUGGCAAGUUCAUUGAAGAAAAUGAAAAGUACAUAUUGAAAGGAAGCAACACAGAACUCACUGUCAGGAAUAUAGUAAAUAGUGAUGGCGGCCCUUAUGUCUGCAGGGCCACAAAUAAGGCAGGAGAAGAUGAGAAACAGGCGUUCCUCCAAGUCUUUGUACAGCCUCACAUAAUACAGCUUAAAAAUGAGACUACACAUGAGAAUGGUCAAGUCACACUCAUGUGUGAAGCGGAAGGGGAGCCUAUUCCAGAAAUCACUUGGAAAAGAGCAGUGGAUGGCAUCACAUUUUCCGAAGGCGAUAAGAGCCCAGACGGCCGUAUCGAAGUCAGAGGGCAGCAUGGAAGCUCAUCGCUGCAUAUUACAGACGUGAAGUUGUCAGAUUCAGGGAGAUAUGACUGUGAAGCUGCGAGUAGAAUUGGAGGGCACCAAAAGAGCAUGUUCCUUGAUAUUGAAUAUGCUCCCAAGUUUAUAUCAAACCAAACAAUUUAUUACUCUUGGGAAGGAAAUCCAAUCAAUAUAAGCUGUGACGUGAACUCUAAUCCACCAGCAUCAGUCCAUUGGAGAAGAGAGAAAUUAGUCUUGCCAGCUAAAAACACCACUAAUUUAAAGACGUACAGUGCAGGGAGAAAGGUGAUAUUAGAGAUUGCACCUACAUCUGACAAUGACUUUGGACGAUAUAAUUGCACAGCCACUAACCGGAUAGGAACAAGAUUUCAAGAAUAUAUUCUUGCUUUGGCUGAUGUGCCAUCCAGUCCCUAUGGAGUGAAGAUUAUAGAGCUGUCACAGACCACAGCCAAGGUUUCAUUCAACAAGCCCGACUCCCAUGGAGGUGUGCCUAUCCAUCACUAUCAAGUAGAUGUCAAAGAAGUGGCUUCAGAAACCUGGAAAAUAGUACGCUCCCAUGGAGUUCAAACAAUGGUUGUUUUGAGCAACCUGGAACCAAAUACAACUUAUGAAAUCAGGGUUGCAGCUGUAAAUGGAAAAGGGCAAGGAGACUACAGUAAAAUAGAAAUCUUCCAGACACUACCAGUUCGUGAACCGAGUCCUCCAUCCAUACAUGGGCAGCCAAGCAGUGGGAAGAGCUUUAAACUCAGCAUUACCAAACAGGAUGAUGGAGGAGCCCCUAUUUUGGAAUAUAUCGUGAAAUAUAGAAGUAAAGAUAAAGAAGACCAGUGGCUAGAGAAAAAAGUACAGGGAAAUAAAGACCACAUUAUUUUGGAGCAUCUGCAGUGGACAAUGGGAUAUGAAGUUCAAAUUACAGCUGCCAAUAGAUUGGGAUAUUCAGAACCAACAGUCUAUGAGUUCAGCAUGCCGCCAAAGCCCAACAUUAUUAAAGACACACUUUUUAAUGGUCUUGGGCUUGGAGCAGUCAUUGGCCUGGGAGUUGCUGCGCUCUUGUUAAUCCUCGUGGUAACCGAUGUCAGCUGCUUCUUUAUCCGACAAUGUGGCUUAUUGAUGUGCAUCACCAGGAGAAUGUGCGGGAAGAAAAGCGGCUCCAGCGGCAAAAGUAAAGAACUGGAGGAAGGAAAAGCUGCAUACCUGAAAGAUGGAUCAAAAGAACCAAUAGUGGAGAUGAGAACAGAAGAUGAAAGAAUUACUAACCAUGAAGAUGGGAGCCCAGUAAAUGAGCCGAAUGAAACAACACCACUAACGGAGCCUGAAAAAUUGCCUUUAAAAGAAGAAAAUGGGAAAGAAGUCCUAAAUCCAGAAACUAUAGAAAUUAAGGUUUCUAAUGACAUCAUCCAAUCAAAAGAGGAUGACAGCAAAGCAUAA